UCAAGUUCUCUCUCGAACACCAGAAUUGUGUUCAAGAGCUCAUUCACAUGAUCAAAGUGUGUUCAAUUCGACACCGAUAUUCCCCAAAACCUCCACAUCGCCAUCUCCCUCGCCUAAAUUGAUUGCGCACCGCUAAUUGAUGUUUAUUAGUAUUAUUGAGUUUUUUAUUGACUUAUUCUGCCAUCAUGAAUUAGAUUUCUUUUCUGCUUUCCUCAAUUUCCGCUUGAUUAACCACUGCACUGUCAUAUUUUGAAUCAGUUGGGUCCAACAGCUCUUCUUUGACUUGUUUGUGCAGCAGGAUUAUUUAUCAUGGUUGAUGAAUCAUAACUCUGCUUUGGUGUGCUAUUCAUUCAUGUUAUGUCAAUGACAAGCACUUUGAGAAAGCUCGCAUCCUGCAUUAUCCUUGAUUUGGAUGGAACACUUCUUAAUACAGACGCCAUUGUGCACGAUGUCUUGAAGGCUUACCUGGUAAAGUAUGGAAAGCAAUGGGAUGGAAGAAGAUCUGAUAGAGUUGUUGGAAAGACACCCUAUGAAGCUGCAACUGCUAUUGUUGAAGAUUAUGAACUUCCCAUAACUACAAAUGAGCUUUUAUCAGAACUUUCUCCAAUAUUCUCCGAGAAGUGGUGCAGCAUCAAAGCCCAACCUGGCGCCAACAGGUUAAUUAACCAUUUGAGGAGUCAUGGCGUGUUGAUGGGCUUGGCUUCAAAUUCCUCAAAGGAAAAUAUUGAAACUAAGAUUUCUUAUCAUCAUGGAUGGAAAGAAUCGUUCUCUGUCAUUUUAGGUGGUGAUGUAGUCACUUCUGCGAAGCCAUCUCCUGAGAUAUAUCUUGAAGCUGCUAAGAGGCUGGAGGUAGAAGUUGCAAGUUGUCUUGUCAUUGAAGAUUCACUGACGGGUGUUGCUGCUGGUAAGGCUGCUGGAAUGGAAGUGGUUGCUGUUCCGUCACUUCCUAAACAAUCCCAUAAUUUCACCUUGGCAGAUGAGGUGAUUAAUUCCCUCCUGGACUUGCGGCCCGAAAAGUGGGGCCUACCCGCAUUUGAAGACUGGAUGGAAGGUACUUUACCAAUAGAACCAUGGUACAUUGGUGGUCCCGUCAUCAAGGGCUAUGGCCGUGGUUCAAAGGUUCUCGGGAUUCCUACAGCUAAUUUGUCGACUGAAGGUUACUCGGAUCUCCUCUUGGAGCAUCCUUCUGGUGUUUACUUUGGGUGGGCUGGACUGGCAACUCGAGGUGUUUACAAGAUGGUAAUGAGCAUAGGUUGGAACCCUUACUUCAACAACACCGAAAAGACAAUUGAGCCAUGGUUGCUUCAUGAUUUUAAAGAAGAUUUCUACUGUGAAGACCUACGUCUUGCUAUUGUCGGCUACAUAAGGCCUGAGACCAACUUUUCGUCGCUCGAGAGCCUGGUAGCAAAGAUCCACGAGGACGGAGAGAUUGCUGAGAAAGCGCUUCAACUUCCCCAGUAUUCCAAGUAUAGGGAUGAUCCAUAUUUCAAAAGUUCCUAACACAGUUGCCAGUUUCUGGAUGAAAAAUUCAGACUAAUGUUAUUACUCCACUCAUCAAUUUAUCAGAAGCCGAAAAAUGUGAUGGAACAAUGCUUCAAAGAAACUCAUUUUUAUUUGGGGAUUGUGAUUAAAGAAAUAUCUUCAUAUUAAAUAAAUUAUAAUCAUUUCGGCUA